GGCAGCACCUCCGCCUGCAGGCUGUUCACCAACAGACCUGCGAGGAAAGGAACAGUCUGUCCCGUCACCGGCGUUUUAUUUAGCAGUAGAAGGUCGUCAGCCGCUGGACGGAAUUUAACAGAAUUCCAACCCAAAACUAGCUAUAAAAAAWUUAAGUUGGCAUUUCGUGGUGCUUGGGACGCAGAGUGAUGUGAGUAAAACUAAAAAAAAGUACAGGAACGCGGCCGUACGUCGCGUGUGGUCGGGCUGUUAUGAAACCUCGUUAGCAGUCGGUUACCGCAUCUUACGGCUGAUAGUAACAUCAGGGCGGUUCGGUUCGAGCUGACUUUAGGUUUUCCUGCGUGAAACCGYCCAGACUCACAGACUGUUGAUCGGGAAACUCGAGUCGGCUUUUGUUCCCCGUCCGCUGGACCAAACCCGGGACUGGGCUCCUGGUUCUGCGGGUCUCCCUUCCUCCCUGCACGGAGAGUGGCUGGUUUGAUGGCAGCCACAGCCGGUGCCCGGAGGUUACCCAUGGGUGUGCGGACGUUCAGUGACUUCCUCCAGGUCGCCACUGUGGGUUCCCCUCGCUGGUGUCCCAAAACGGUACCGAAAGGAUGCUCACGACAAAGUAUCAGACACCUGUCUUCAUGUGGCAUUUUGAUGACAAGAAGUCCCAGGGUGCUUUGUCUUCAAGAGUGGGACACGAUGACGGCUGCUCCCCAAAGCAGAAACUUCAUCAGCCUCACCAACAAAAGGAAGGAGUACUCCGAACGAAGGAUACUUGGUUAUUCUAUGCAGGAAAUGUAUGACGUAGUGGCCAACGUAGAUGAGUACAAGCUCUUUGUGCCUUGGUGUACGAAGUCCCAGACCGUCAUGAAGAGAGCAGGUCACUCCAAAGCCCAGCUUGAAGUGGGGUUCCCUCCUGUGAUUGAGAGAUACACGUCAAUGAUCACAAGUGUUCGGCCUCAUCUAGUCAAAGCAGUGUGUACGGAUGGAAAACUCUUCAAUCAUUUGGAAACAAUAUGGCGCUUUAGUCCUGGCAUUCCUGGUUACCCUCGGACCUGCACAGUAGACUUUUCUAUAUCCUUUGAGUUCCGCUCCUUGCUCCACUCCCAGCUAGCCACCAUGUUCUUCGACGAAGUCGUAAAGCAGAACGUCGCCGCGUUCGAGCGGCGAGCCUCCAAGCUGUACGGCCCAGAGACUCGAAUUCCACGAGAGCUGAUGUUUCACGAGGUGCAUCAGACGUGAUCCCGGCGACCGCAGCCCGUCAUCUGGCCUUAAACCAACUUCUGUCCGCUUCACACACUCAGACCUGCAUGAUGCAGCUUAGUCAGCCCCGCCCACCACAUCGACUCCUCUCUGCUAAGAGAUCCCAGGGACCUGGAGCUCCCAGUGUUCAGAUUCCCGCUUMUCCUCACGUUAAGUCAGUCUACCUCCCGUUUAGUUCUUGUUCCUCGCGCUCCAUGGCAGUUCAGGGCUGUAUUUAUGUAAACAAAACGGUAACCCGUGUGCAACACUGAUUAUUUUAAACAUCAUUAGAUUUUUUUUACACAUAUGGAGGCUCUCUGUUCUCAGGUUUUCUAGUCGCUGGGACCUGAGGACACUGUUCUGGUCUCGCUCACACAUCAGCUUGUAAACAGCCCUGCACUCAGACGAUCACACAAAAGCACAUUUUCUUUGCCUUUUACCAUUUGUUCCUGCUUCAAAUGGAAAUUUUAAUAUAUCGUACGUCUAAAUGUAGAGCUACUGCAGCGAAGUUCUUCAAUAUUUUUAAUUUAUUUAACAGUGAGUAUAAGGAGAGUUUAGUUUUAUUUGGGCUUAUUAAAGGUGCCAUGUUUGGGAUGUUGUUUGUGGUCACUGUGACAGUAUUAGGAAGUGUUUUUUUUUUUCAAAGGGAUAAAAGUAAAUCUUAAGCUAACUGCGGUCUCACUUGAACAUGGAUUGAGAAAUGUAGCUUUAAGUCAGCUGCUGUGCUGUAAGGAUUGUAUUUUUGAGACUUUGCCUGACACUUUUAAUAACGCCUUAUUUUAUAACCCACCCUUAAAAACUGUCAACUUAGGUGGGGGAGACUUUGCACAAAAUAUCUGAAUUAAAUUGUUGGAAUUGCUGGAGUGGACUGAAAAUACUUGGAAUCAGGAGGGGGAAAAAAGAAAUAAAAUUGUCACACUGUUUCAGAAAACUGACUUUAUAUUUGAUAUUUUAUUUUUCAGAUUUGUGAAGCUGAAGAUAAAAAAGAUGAAAAAGUCA